CAUUUCCCAGCGGACCCAGCGAGCCCUUUCUGGUUUAUCCUUCGCCGUUUUGCGCGCGCGUGGGUCUGAAUGGAGCCUUCUGCUCUCCUCAGGGUCGCGAUGUUCCGCUCGAGCCGUUGGUGCCUCCUCUGCGGGUGCGGAAGGCCGUUCAGCUCCCGCGCCUGGUAAGAGGCUCGUGAGGAUGGGCAGGGAGUCGGUUUGUCUCUCCCCCGCCCCCGUGUAUCCCACUCUCUUCGGCCAGCCACCUCUCAGCCUGUGCCAGGCAGAAAUUCAACAGGGGUGGUUUGGUCGUCGUCCCCCAACACAGGGGAUGUAAGUGAUAGGAGGGAGGCAUCACCUGUUGAGCUUCCAAAGCUAGAAACAAAAGGUGGCUGCAAUGAUAAUGAGGUCCAGACGUUUCUUCUGGAUACAGAUUUAAGUUACUGGAAGGAAGCUCCUGACUCUUCCUUGACGCACCAGCAUCCUGUGAAAUGGACAGAGGUGUACAGGGUUGAGCCAGGGUUCCUUUGGGGCUUAGCCCCAAUAACCUACUUCUAGUGUUAAGGUCUAAUUCUGAAAAGUAUGGAUAGAGAAAAAAAACACGUCUCCAAGCACGUGCAGAGUGCCUUUUGCUUUAAUCAGUAAGUGCAACCUGGUAUUAGGAGGUAGGAGAUCUAAAGUAGGUAAUGGGUUUUUGAUUUUUUAAAAUGCAACAUUGAGCCACUUUUGCCCCACAAAAACCCUGCGGGUGGUUUGACUGACGAGUUGGGAACGUGGGGAGAGGCUGUUGAGUGAGGUGGUGGAGAGAAUAUUGGAUGGCACUGGGUGCGAGUGAAGGGAGAUAUUUGAGAGGGGGGGAGGGAAUCAGAAGGUGUUUGAGAUCUGGUUGGAUAGGGGUCGAGUUUGUGAAAAGUGUUGCGUGGUAGAUAAUAAGCCCUCUCUCCCCACUGGCCCUAAAUGUGCUCAUUUGAGUGUCUUACUGAUUUCAGUUAGAUUUAGAGAGCUAGUGUGUCUCCUUUCUGAUGUUACAACUACCCUGUGAGAGAGAUGGAGGCGUAGAAGAACACCAUCAUUAACAUCUGUUUUAAAACUGGCUCCCUAGGGUCCCUUCUGCUGGCUGUUGCCCAUAAUCAGACUAACCAAUUCUCUACAUACAUAUUCCGAUUUUGUUUUUCUCCCUCCGCGUACACUCAUUUACUUGAUCACUCUGUAUUCUGAGCCCCUUGAUGGGCAGACCCAUUAUAUAAUCCAAAGCUGUUGUUAGCAGCUUCUCUCAUAGAUGCAAGAUAUAAAUCCAGAUCAAUAUUUAUGUAUUGUUAGAGGAAGUUAAGAGUGGCAGGCAAGCUGUGUGUAGAAGGAGCCAGUGUCAGAAUGGGAGAGGAAAGUAUGGAGCUUAAGGCCAGCUGGCUAUAUAUUGGUGAUUAUUUACGGUUUCUUAUUUUGUAGGUAUCAGUUGCUGCAGAAGCAAAGAGGCUCACGGAAGCCAGUCACAGACAACUCCAGUGAAGUAAGCAUCUUGAGUCCCACAAGAUCACUCAGCCCCGAGGAAACGUUGAACCUGCUGGAAACAUCAGUAGUGCAUGCAGAUGGUAUGUCUGUCAUUUCUCAUAACACCAGAAGGACAUGUGAAAAGGAUCUUGGGAUUGUAGCCUUAAUCCAGAAUGCGGCAGCUAGAUUGGUGACUGGGAGUGGUCACCGGGACCACAUAACACCAGUCCCGAGAGAUCUGCAUUGGCUCCCAGUACGUUUCCGAGCACAAUUCAAAGUGUUGGUGCUGACCUUUAAAGCCCUAAACGGCCUCAGCCCAGUAUACCUGAAGGAGUGUCUCCACCCCCAUCGUUCUGCCCGGACACUGAGGUCCAGCACCGAGGGCCUUCUGGUGGUUCCCUCCCUGCAAGAAGUGAGGUUACAGGGAACCAGACAGAGGGCCUUCUCGAUAGUGGCGCCCACCCUGUGGAAACCCUCCCUUCAGAUGUGAAGGAAAUAAGCAGUUAUCCUAUCUUUAAAAGACAUCUGAAGGCAGCCUUCAGAUUUAAUGCUGUACUGUUUUUAACAUGUGAUUGGGAGCUGCCCAGAGUGGCUGGGGAGACUCAGCCAGAUGGGCGGGGUAUAAAUAAUAAAUUAUUAUUAUUAUUAUUAUUAUUACCACAAGCAGCACAUGAAUCAGUAAGUGUGAUGCAGCUGCAAGGAAGGCUAAUAAGAUUUGAGGAUGCAUUAAUAGAACCAUAAUUUCUAACUUGCUGGAAGUAAUUGUUCCCGUUCAUUCUGCACAAAUCAGACCUCAACUGGAAUACAGUCGUACCUUGGAUCCUGAACAGCCUGGAACUCAGAUGCUUUGGCUCCCGAAUGCUGCAAACCCAGAAGUGAUUGUUCUGGUUUGUGAACGUUCUUUUGGAACCCGAAUGUCCUGCAGCCAAUGUUUUGGAAAUUGAACAGACUUCCGGAACGGAUUCUGUUUGACUUCCAAGGGACGACUGUACUGUGUCUGGUUUGGGGUGCUGCAUUUUAAGAAGGAUGUGGACAAAUUGGGACAGAUUUAGUAUUCUAGUGGGGUGGGUGAAGACGCAGUUUCACAUAGCUUAGCCCUAGAGUGUUGUAAUUCAGACCUGCCUGCACAACUUGUGCUCACCAAGCUGAAUGCAGCUCUCAAGCCAUGUAUGAUGGCUUUCCAGAUACUGCACUUGACAACUUCUGCUGGGUUUUCAGCCCAAGCAAGGUACAGGCAGUAAAAAUAGGUGUAUAGAUCCUCUGUUGGUCUGCCAUACAUGGUUAGUGAACUGCAUUCUUCCUAAUUGUAUAGACCUGGUAGAAGCGAAUGGGAAAAAACAUUGAGAGUAAAAACUGGCCUAUUAGCCUUGGCUGCUCUAGUGGAGGAUUGUGAAACUUGCAGUAGAUCCCCAUUCUGCUUAGGCUGAAAGUGUGCAGAAUGUAGCUUGCGUAGCACACCUUUGUGUGUUUAUGUAUUCUCUCUCUCCACAGCCCUGUCCCGAUCCCUCUGAAUUUGGUGUCUUUUGUUUAGAAUGCUGCUAUCAAAAAAAAGUUGUUGGGGAGAAGGGGGCAUACAUUUGAAAGGGAAAGGAAAUAUAGAGAUGGUGGAGAGGAACAGGGAUUUCUGCUUAUACAAGAAGCCCCUUUCCCCGAGCAUGGAAAAUUCCACCCAGAGCCUCCUUUCGAUUCUGCAUUGUGGCAGAGGUUGUUGACAUGUGUUGGAGUUGUUUUGAAGACUCCAGCAAUCACCAUUUGUCCCUGAGGCUCCUGGUUCUUUUGUAUUUCAGGUUCACUGGUGGCCAUCAGCAAACCCCCUGGCUUACCUGUGACAGGUAUGUGGCGUUACAUUUUGAUGUGUUUGGAUCCUGUGGGGUUGCGUCCCUUGGGCAUUUCCUUUUAAAGUGGAAAUGCAGGAUUAUAGAAAUGCCUUUAGAAAUACAUACAGAUAUGCCUGUAGUGUACAGAUUAAAUAUGUGUUGUAUGUGGCCUCCCCUUGUGCUUGGCAGUUAGUGCAGAAUGCUGCAGCGCAAUUACUGACAGGAGGGAGGCCUUAUCAGCAUAUAACACCUGUACUCAGAGGUCUGCACUGGUUGCUGAUCCACUACUAGGCUGAGUUCAAGGUGUUACUAUUAGUAUAUAAAGCCCUUAACAACGCUUGACUAGUUUACCUGUGAGAUUGCCUUAUCCCACAUGUGCUCGCUGAACUGCUUUGAUUGGCAGAAUUGGAACUUUUAUAGAUGCCACAUAAUAUUCACACUGCAUCUGUCAGAACUUGAUCAUUUCGUGUGGCGGCACCGACACUUGGGAACUCCCUGCCUGUUGAUAUCAGUCAGACACCUUCACUCUAUUCUGCUGGAGGCAUUCUUGUUUAGACAAGUCUAUCCAGAUGUUGCGCUGUGGGUUAAACUACAGAGCAUAGUACUUGCCAAUCAGAAGGUCGGCAGUUUGAAUCCCCGCGACGGGGUGAGCUCCCGUUGCUCGGUCCCUGCUCCUGCCAACCUAGCAGUUCGAAAGCAUGUCAAAGUGCAAGUAGAUAAAUAGGUACCACUCCGGUGGGAAGGUAAAUGGCGUUUCCGUGCGCUGCUCUGGUUUGCCAGAAGCGGCUUAGUCAUGCUGGCCACAUGACCCGGAAGCUGUAGGCCGGCUCCCUAGGCCAAUAAAGCGAGAUGAGCGCCGCAACCCCACAGUCGGACAUGACUGGACCUAAUGGUCAGGGGUCCCUUUACCUUUACCUUUAUCCAGAUGUUCAGAAAGUUUGUAUGAGUUUUAAUUUGUUUUAGUUUAUUCUAUUAUGUUUUUAACUUUCUGUAUGUUUUAAAUUACUGUUGUAAAUUUUUUUAGUGAUAAUUUUUAAAAUCUUUUUUUGUAAACUGCUUCGAGGUUUUUUGUCUACAAUCAAGUGGUAUAUACAUUUUGUGAAAUAAUAAGUAAAUAACUGAGCUCCCAAAGUAAAGCUGGGCCAGGGUGGGAAGGGCUGGCAAGCCUUUGCCAAAACAAGCCUCUUCUUUGCAGCCGUGAGUAAUGGCUAGCUUCUGUGUGGCAUUAAUAAUUUUCCCCUCCUUCUCUGCCAACGACAGGCAAACCGGGGGAGCUGACUUUGUUGUCUCUUUUACCGGAUCUAAGCCAGAAGCUUGGCUUCCCACAGAACCUCGAUGUGAUAAAAGCUGCAGUAAAGUAAGUAAACGGAGACAAGGUUUUGGAGAGAAUGACAACAGGCUGUGUACAGGAUGGGUGUUAUUGAUUUUAACCCCACCUUUCUUCCACCAUAGAACUUAAGGCAGCGUGCACGUGCUCCCAUCCAGAUACUACUUUGCUUCAGCUUCCCAUCCUGCACCUCCAGACCAUGCCCUGACAUAAUCAGCAAGAGGGCAUUCAGUAAAAUCCGAUUAAACUGCUGUAUUGCAAGAGAACCCAUAGCACAGAAGUUAGACGGCUGAUCUGUACUACAGCUCCAGUUUUCCAGAUAUGAUCGUGUGCUCUGAAUUCACUUCAGAACUUCUGUUUGCAAAAAAUGAAAUAAAAAUGGUUGCCAAGGGCUAGUGGAAAGAUUCGUGAUUGGCUCUUGGAAGUCAAAAGAUUGCGAGGCUGGAGCAACUCCCUAUAAGGGAGGUUAUAUAACACUUGGAGAUUACUCGCUUAGAAAAAGGGGCAACAGUCAAGGACUAUUUGAAUAAAUAUUGUAAUAUUAAAAAUUAGAAAUUACUUGAAAGUACCAAAUAGGCCUAGGAUUAAAUUAGGAUUUAUUUAAAUAAAUGGGAUUUAGAACACUAAGGAAAGUGAAUAAAUUUGAUUAUAAUUGGAAUAUUGUUGUUUAAUAAUGAUAUUGGAAAGCUGUUACAUUCAGACACAAGGAAAUUCAGAAGGGAGGGACUAGAGGAAGUCAAGUAAUAUAAGGUUGGAUUUUUAAAUAAUUAAGUUUGUGUUGUAUAUUUGUUUGUUGUUGUUUUUCAUAGAUGUAUUUUUUUGUUUUUGUUUUUGCUUUGGUUUGUUUCAUGGUUGUGCAACGUUUGUUGCACUAUUUGUUAUAAUUGUAGAAAACUUAAUAAAAAUUAUUGCGAGGGGGAGAAGGAAAAAAGGACAACAGGGUGGGGAGACAUGACAGAGGUAUAUAAAAUAGCCUCAGAUACUGGCGGGAACUUGUAGCUGUUGUGACCUUUGGCCAUUGAUGCCACCUUGCAUGGUUUUAAGCAAGGCACUAUUCUGUCCACGGGAUUACUUACUCAUGGCCUGUGUCAGAGAAUCAAAGAUAAUAAAGGAUUUUGCCUCUCCCUAGGGAGAGUUCUGGACUUGUUCUGCUCUCAGGUUGCCCGAGCACCACCCAGCGCCUCCAGGAUUUUUAUGCCCGAUGUAGGAGAGCAGGAGAUCCAGCCGCUACCUACUGGUGAGAUGAAGACUUCCUAAUCGCUUCCCGUUUCCAUGGUAGGGUGGGGAUCCCUCAGCAAAAAGACUUUAGGUUCCCAUUCUGCCUUCCCCAUUUCCUUCAAAGCGUUGUAGGCCCAGUUUGGUGUGUGUGUGUGGCCUGACAGAAAACCUUCUCUUUGCAGUGCUGUCACUACCAGGAUCCCUGCAGCCUCGGACGGGGAAAUUCGUACAUGUCUCAAACUGAUACAGGUCGAACACCAUAAGCUGGUGAGGAUAGGUUUUUAACAGGGAGGGAGGAGAGGAUUUGACUCUAGAGAAUUUGCCUGCUGCUGCGGGCAGCUCGUUCAGUGGAGUCCUUUCAGGGCCUGAAAAGUUUGGUCUCGCUUCCUCUGGGAUCCGGUUGCCUGGACUGGGCGCAGGGAUUACUUUAGCUGCUGAAGUUACCAUUGGCCCUCAGGAAACACACUGACUCCGGGCUUCUGUGUGGGUUGCAGGUGGUGCCAGUGGCUUCCCCUUCUCGAGGCAGCCUCCAGAGGAAGGAGGUUAGAAAAACACAGACACUCUAUAAGGUGCUGGACUCCCGCGAAGGCUGCGCCUUGGUGCAGCUACAGCCACUGACAGGUGCGUGACGGAGGCCCCGUGGCACAGAGACAGUCGCAGGAAUAACUGGAAAGGGGCGCUGUGAUAUGGAAAGCAAGCUGAGAACCUGACACAAGUUCCCUCAGUUACAGCUACUCCCCCAAGAUUUUUUCCAUUUAUAAAAUGUAUAAACUUUUUGAUCAAAAACCUCUCCAGGUAGCCCAGCAUACACUUUGGAACCUGAGAUAGCAAACCCUUAGCCACCUCUUCUUUUUACAGUUGAUCAGGUUUCUAGCUCUCAUGACUGUAGAGAAACCUCUCCUGUACAUUACUGCGUAGUUGUUUACUUGACGGGCCGGAAGCCAAAUGGAACUGGGUUAGGUCCUUUUAUAAUUAGGCGAUGGGGUGUUCAUGACCAGUUGAUUUCCCUGUCCCUCUCUGCCUUCCCUUUUCCUUCUCUUAUUUUAAGGCUCUUUCUCUUCCUUUCCUCUUACCAUCUUAGCCUUGCCCCCCAGAAAUGCUUGCCUGCCCUUUCCCCCCCUUUUUGCACAUUUAAAGUGUUUUGUUUUGCAAAUUACGGUAAUACGGAGCAAACCUCUGCAGUCUAGGGUUCUGCCCUUUUGCCUCCUUUCCUUAUUUUGGACUGCAGAAAUCUGGGUUCCUUGGGUACAAGAUCAGGCUAUCAUAGUUCUUGUUUUUUGACGCUGUCCAUUUGUCUUACUCGGGUUUUUAAAAGAGCUUGGAUUGCGAGGAUCCAAUCCAAGCAUUGUUGGGAAAGUCUACACUGAGGCCCCCUAUUCAUCUCUCCUUUGUCCUUUUGGCAGCCUUCACUAACCAACUCCUGGUCAGCCUGAUACUGCUGCUGAGCCCUGCGCUAGGGGACCACGUGUAUUCCUCCUGUGUGGGGUCUGUCCUGGGGGAGCCCUUCCUCUUGCCAGCUGAGAGUACCCUGCCUCGCACACAGGUACCAAACUGCUCUGAUGCUGCCUCCUAUCUUGGUGUCGGGGAUCUACAGAGCGAUGUAGCAGGAUAGGAGGAAGGAACCUGACUGAGCAGUGCCUUGGCACAGUCAAAUCUAUGUCUCCACAACCCAAGGCUAUACCACUUGGGAGAUAGCAGCAGCAAUCAAGUUUUACAUCCAUUGGGGAACCUUUUGCCCUGCAGAUGUACAGCUCCCAACAUCCCUGACCAUUGACUGUGCUGACUGGGGCUGAUGGGAGUCCAACAACAUGUGGCUCCUCAUCUCUGCUUUAUGGCCAUACAAGUAGCUGACAUUCCUGGCUACAGCCUUCCAACUUCUCUUUGUGCUGCAGGAGCCUUUCCUUGUAAAAUGGGGCCCAAUGGAAACGAAUCUGUUUCUCCCCAAUCCUAGUCAAACACUCUAACUGCUCCAUUGCUCCAGCUCCCUCCUAACUUCUGGUGGCAGGGACAUGCCUGGAGUAGGGCCUCCUUUUUGUUUAUUAGGAUGGUAUGCAUUAUUAUUAUUAUUAUUUAUUGUAAACCACCCUGUGAUCCUUGAAGAGCGGUAUAAAAAUCUAUUAAAUAAAACAAAAUGAACUCUUUGCUUCCAUGCUUUCCCCCCAGACCUCGCAACUCCCCAAGCUGUUACUAACUUAACAGGGGCAGACGGGUACCACACAGGUCUAAUUCCUUAUUUAUUUAUUUGAUAUAUAUACUGCCCUUCAUAAGAUCUCAGGGCGGUUCACAGAAUAAAAUGAACUUCAAAGCAACUGAAUGGGGGUGGUGUAAAGGUAUUUAAAAAAAAAAAAAAAUCAAAGAGAGAACCAGACUGUAAGAUCUUCCACACCACAUCUGAUUUGGAGCUCACUUGAUCUUCCUACUGUGCUUGGACAUGAGAACCUUCCAAGCUCCAGGUCCUGCUCAGCAAAGAAGUCACUAUUCUGUAAUGAACCGUCCAAGCUUGGCAAGGAUAAAAAUGAGACUUGGCGCCCUCUCUUGGGCUAGAGCAGGCUUCCUCAACCUUGGCGCUCCAGAUGUUUUGAGACUACAAUUCCCAUCGUCCCUGACCACUGGUCCUGCUAGCUUGGGGAUGAUGGGAGUUGUAGGCCAAAAACAUACGGUGGGCCGAGUUGGAGGAAGCCUGGGCUAGACAAAAAGCUCCCCGCCCCCAAAGUAUAAUAAUGACUGUUACGCACUUUCCUGUAGAAAGUUGUAAUGAUGACGCCUUCCCCUCCCACCCUCUUGACAGGUCCUAGAAGAUGCUUUGCUGAAGAAGCUGCGCCUGCAGCAGCAACUGGCGCACCGAUUGCCUCUCCACCUGCACCUGCACCAGCUCCUUCUCCCGGCCGCCGGCUCCCCUUCCUCCCGCACUGUGCUCACGGCUCCUCCGCCACCUUUUUUCCUGAAGACCCUUCGUCUUCUGGGCCUCGCCUUGCCGCAGGACAAAAACAAGCAGUGACAAGGCAUCCGAAGCGUUUGCCUCAGCUCAGCAGGUACCGCCUGCCCUGGUCAAGUGGAAGUGAUGGCUUUUGACAGCCAGAAGCAGGUCUCUGCCAGGUUCUUGCUGCGGGUAGAAGCGUCUCGUCUCCUACUGGCCGGAUGCUCACAGAGCUGCUGCUGAAGGACGUGAAAGGGAGAGGCUUCCUUUAUACCUCCUGCGGUCUUAACAGGGCAGCAAAAGCAAUUUUUGGAACUCUUUGUGCCGUGCAGCAACGAAGGUAGCAGCGAGGGAAACCUGGGUAAAUUUGCCCUGAUAAAUGCAGCCUCCACAGGCUCUGAACCAGCAGGCCAAUUGUGUACACAUGGUUGCGCCAUGGCAACGCGAGUCAGUGGCUGGCUUGAGGUCCAGGCCGGAAAAAGCUUAGGCACACCCAACUCCUACUGAAAUCGGCGGGAGUGUUGCAGUCCCAUUAACUCCAAUGGGAUGCAUGCGCUCCUCAUGCUGUGUGGCUUAUGCUCCUUGCAGCACUAAGCAAUUGCUUGCCAAUGGUUGCCUCUGGCACUCAAGAUAAUGGCACUCUUCUGGGGGGUAAAGCAGCGUAGGAUUCUCUCCUUUAAUCCGUAUAUCUAUGAAACACAAAUGACUAAUGAAAAAAAUGUGCUUUGACUUUUCACUAUUGCUUUUCUACACACACACACACACACAUAUAUAGUGGUACCUCGGUUUAAGAACAGCCCUGUUUACGAACUAUUCGGUUUACGUACUCCACAAAACUGGAAGUAGUGUCCUGGUUUGCGAACUUUACCUCGGUCUAACAACGGAAGCCGAACGGUGGAAGGGCACCGGCAGUGGGAGGCCUCAUUAGGGAAAGCGUGCCUCGGUUUAAGAACCAAUUUGGUUUAAGAACGGACUUCCGGAACGGAUUAAGUUCGUAAACCGAGGUACCACUGUAUAUAUAUAUAUAAAAUCAGAACCUUUAAGCAUAAACAGCUGUUGCUGAAUGGGUUUCAGAUAAGGAUCCCUUUGCUUAUUCUGUGUCUUCUAUUGAACUGAGAGUGAUUUUUAAAACCGUCCAGGCCACCCUUCCAUAUAAAUAUUCUCAGGGUAACUUUUAUGUGAUUAAAUAAAUAACUAAAUGGCAAUAAGAUGAAAACGCAGCUUCCAAAGUGGCAGCAAUUUAUAAAAAUCUGUUUUAAGGAAAGCCUGGGGAAAAGACAAAGGCUUUCCCCGAGUGAUGGACAGACUGAAGGGCAGGCGUCAUGGGAGCCUCCCUGGACAGAGGGUCCCAUAAGCAAGGUGCCACUGCUGAGGAGGCCCCACCCCCACCCCAGUCACCAGCUGGCAUUAUCCAUGAUGCCAGGAUGUGGGGGCAUGAGUGUGCAAGGUUUUAGUUGUAAUGCUGGUUUAAAAUGUUUUCUACAGCUGGCAGCCAGCUCCUCCUCCCGUCUUAUCUGAAGCGGCUUUGUGUGAUCUGAAAGCUUGUCCUCUUCUCUGCUGAUACGAAUUGAUCCGAUAAAGGUGUACCUUCCUUGUUUUCAUGCCUAGUAAUUUAGUAGUAAGAUUGAUUUGAUAACCGCUGGACUGGUGCCGUUUAACUUAGGGCAAGAGGCAUAGAGUUGGAACAAAUGCUCUUAGUAGUGGCAGAUGGUUAUCUUUACAAUGGCUUUCUGUCAACAGGGUAACCGGAGAGCCUUGUUGAGUUACUGCAGUGAGAUAACUGGCAUAAGAUUGCAGGCAUCAAGUUCAUCCUGUUUUCAGGCUGUAUUAUGGUGCAGAGGUGCAAACUGAGUUCAGACUAGAGGAAUGUUUAUGAGGUGGGG